CAGCCGCUCAGGUGACAGAAAAGACUCUGAGGCAGAGAAAUUAAGACAGAAGGGACAGAGAGAGAGAGAGAGGGGGAAGGAGAGGACAGCAGUUAGGGAUACAAAGAAGGAGGGGAAGAAGGAGGGAGUAUAGGAUGUAAACAAAUAAACUGAGGCUGAAGUGAGACACACCUGGAGUCAAGGCUAAUGGAGGCUGAAUAGUCAGAGUCCGACAGGGCUCUGCGCUACUGGGAUAGAUUCUUCAAAGCACUGCAACAAUGUCAAGAAAUGGAGGUGUAUGAGAAUGGCAACAUCAAAUGUUGAGAAAGACUGACACAGAAAAGAUAGUACGAGAUAGAAGAGAAGAGAAGAGUGACCAGAGAGAUCAGGAUUGAAAACAAAAGAAGCUACACAGACAAAGAAUAAAAACAUCAGAACGCUGUUCGAAGGUCUGUAAGGAUUUCGAAAACAGCUUCAGAGAUUUUCCCUGAACCUCUGCAUCAUGGCCUCUCUGGGGAUGCAGAUGCUGGCCAGUGCCCUGUGCCUCUUGGGUUGGGCAGGGGUUAUCAUCAGCUGCAUACUGCCCAUGUGGCGGGUCACUGCCUUCAUGGGCAGUACCAUUAUCACCUCCCAGACCUUCUGGGAGGGCAUCUGGAUGACCUGUGUGGUCGAGAGCACGGGGCAGAUCCAGUGUAAACCGUACGAGUCUCUCCUUGCACUCAGCACAGACCUGCAGGCCGCCAGGGCGCUCACUGUCCUCGCCAUCACCACUGGCAGCAUGGGCCUCAUCCUGGCCUUUGUUGGAGGGAAGUGCACUCGCUUUUUGGAUGAAGAAGGAGGUGGUGUUAAGGGUAAGGUGGCUGUAGCAGCUGGGGCAGUGUUGAUUGUCACAGGGCUGCUGUGUUUGAUUCCCACGUCGUGGGCGGCUGGGGCCGUUGUGAGGACGUUUUACAGUGCCUCCGUUGAUGCUCAAAGGAGGGAGAUUGGAGCCUGUCUCUACAUUGGCUGGGGAGCCUCCAUCUUGCUUUUGCUGGGGGGUGGUUUGUUCAUCAGCUCAUCAUGCCCCAUCAAAGCCCGUGACGCAGACAAGAGCCCCUCUGUCCGCUACCUGGUGGUCCGCUCCUCCAACGGGUCCAGCCAGGCUGGUUCUCAUCGCAGAGUGCCACCAGCAAAGUCUCAGCCUGUUGGAGCGGUGUUUUCCAGGUCCCAAAGCUACGAGGGGGCAUCAAAGACAAGGCCUCCCUGGGAGGACGUGCAAGGUUUGAGGCAGGAGUCAGAAAUAUCAUGGGCACCAUCAACAAAGUCUCAGAUGAAAAGACCAGAGUCGACAAAAUCUGAACACAGUGAGGCACCGUCUACAAAGUCUCAGCUGAAACGAGCAGAAAUGGAAGAGAAUUUGUCAGUUGGGAGUGAAAAUGAGGAUGCGUUCUCAAAUCCAGCGAGAACAUACCUGUAAUAUGGGGGCGCACACAUAUACACAAAUGCAACAUGUUAUUUAGAAGUCGUAGUUUACUUAUUUUGUGAUUGUUUACUGAAGUAUGGUUGUCUUUAUACUCCACCAUGUUGCUCUGCUCAAAGGACAGAAGGGAAAAUGUCUGGACUACAUUCCUCAAAAACUGUACUUAAAACCAAAUACAGAAACAAACCAAAUUCAGGUGCAAAUGAAGUAUGCCAUUGUUGUUUUCCUUUUCAAAAAUGUGCUUAUUUAAAGAAUCAUUAAUUAAUGAUUGGCAUUCAUUUUGACAUGUUAGGUUUGCCAUGCUAAUGUUGGUAUCAGCUUUUUUUCUUACUGUGUAAAAGCACUGAAUGAGGACAAAUCCGUCAGCAUAAAGAAUUUUAUUUUACCUCAAACUGUUUGUCUGUUUCUACCAUCAUUACUUAGCAUUAUAAUUUUUAAUUCAAGUAUGUGCUCAUUAAAAAUCUCCACUUGCUGCAAAUAAAAAGUAAUUCCUUACGUGUUGCACCAGAUGCAACACUGAUGUCAUGUCAAUUUCUGUAAAGGCUUUGAUUUUGCUUUUUGUAACAACUGUGAAAUGUGAUUUUAUGUCUUCUUGAUUUGGACAGAUAUUGACAGAUAUUUGUAGGUUUACUUUUCAAUAAAUGACUAUAAUUCUUUUAAGCAAGUCAAACGUUUUUUUAAUUUAUAAAUGUAUUAAACAUGCUAACAUGUCAGA